ACAGCAGCAGUCGGUCCUCUUCACUCACUGCACCACUACGUCACGUUACACUUCCGGUUCCAGCCUCGCCAAGCAGCACACUUCACAACGACGAGCGGCGGGAAGUUGUUAUCAUCAAUCUAACUACAAACCAGCAACAAGUAAAACGGGGACGAUUGUUAACGAUCGACAUCUCACCAUAUUUACAUUGAUGGAUCUGUAACCGGAAGUCCGCUAACUGUCCAGUAAAGCUUUUAGCGGCGUGGGAUUCUAGCUAACAGCUAAGCUAACAUGGCUAACCAGGUACCAACACAGGCCGUUAGCAAGCCUGCGCCGGGGAAACAUGGCAACGUACUGCCUCUGUGGGGCAACGAGAAGACCAUGAACCUCAACCCGAUGAUCCUCACCAACGUGCUGUCUUCACCCUACUUCAAAGUUCAGCUUUAUGAACUGAAGACGUACCAUGAAGUCGUGGACGAGAUCUACUUCAAGGUGACUCACGCUGAGCCUUGGGAGAAAGGGAGCAGAAAGACCGCAGGCCAGACUGGAAUGUGCGGAGGGGUGCGUGGAGUUGGGACUGGUGGUAUUGUGUCUACUGCUUUCUGUCUCCUAUACAAGCUGUUUACUCUCAAGCUGACUCGCAAACAGCUGAUGGGUCUGAUCACUCACACAGACUCGCCAUACAUCAGAGCUCUUGGCUUCAUGUACAUAAGAUACACUCAGCCCCCAUCAGAUUUGAUAGAAUGGUACGACGGUUUCCUGGAUGAUGAGGAGGAGCUCGACGUGAAGGCAGGAGGUGGCUGUGUGAUGACCGUCGGAGAGAUGCUGCGCUCCUUCUUGACCAAACUGGAGUGGUUCUCCACUCUGUUCCCCCGUAUCCCAGUGCCUGUGCAGAAGAUUAUUGACCAGCAGAUGAAGGCUCGGCCUCGUAAGGUUGCUGUGAAGGAGCCGCAGGAGGAGGAAGCCGUGGAGGCACCGGAGGCAGGGAGGCCAGCGGGGGAACGCCGCCGCUCCAGGUCACCCAGACGGACACCGAGCCCCCGAAGGUCACCCAAACGGUCAAGGAGCAGGAGCCACCAACGCGAGAAAGAACGCCACAACCCCAGCUUUGACCGAGAGCUGGAGAGGGAGCGUGACCGCCAGAGGAAGGAGAAGGAUAGGGGGGAUAGAGGGGACAGAGGGGAUAGAGGGGACAGGGAGAGACGACGGUCCCGCAGCGCAGACAGGAACCAAGACCGGCGAGAACGCAGAAAAAGUCGCAGCGGCAGCCGGGACCGAAAGAACGAGCGCAGAGACAAAGAAAGAGAAGGCGGGGACGACAAGAGCAGGAGGAAGGACAAGGACAGGGAACAUCAUAAAGAUAGAGGCGCCGAGGGGGAGAGGUCCAAGGAUAAAAAGAGCAGGGGAGAGAUCGACGACAGGAGGCAUAAAGACGACAGGGAGAGGCACAGAGAAGAGAGGAAGGCCAAAAAGCCGAGUCGGAGUCGAAGCAGGGAGAGGAAGCACAAAGGCGGGGGGGAGGAGAAGAGCAAGAAAAGAGAGAGCAGAGACAGGGUGGGAGACGGAGAACAGCGUUCUCACAAACGUAGUCGUAGCAAAGAGAAGAGCCAUCACCAGCGAGAGUCCAGUAAUGACCACAGUAAACAUAGUGAACGCAGAAGGAGUCAGAGCACUGAGUAAAUGUCGCCUCCCAGCAAUAUUACUUCUUCUUCUACUCCUGUGUUUAUCCUCCUUUUUUUUUUCUACCCAGUUGUCGAGUCCGUCACUUGUGCUAAAGAGAAGGAAUGUGAGCACAUUGGACAUCUGGAGUUGUUGUCUUUGGCCAAUGUAAUGUUGCUUUACUUCUAUGAUUUUCUGCCUUUUUUUCACUCCCCAUUAGACCAUUGUUAGUCUUCACUUGAAAUUUGAAAAGUGGCAAAAAAAAAAAAGGCAUUUUAAUUUUCUAUGGUGCGUUCGUUUGCCCCGUGAAGAUAUGGGUUUGUACAUACUGUUUCAGAGGCUGUCUACACACAAUGGUCUGAGUUGCAUUGCUUGCUCGGUCGGUUGCAGUCGUCGCUGAAAGCCCAGCUCCACACUGUCGAUCAUAUGAUUUAUGUGAUGUAUGAAGAAUUAUUUUCAGGCGGCACAAAAGCCAAAACACAUUUUUAAAAUUGACUUAUGUUACAGUGCAUAAAUCUGGAAUUUCAAUGCUGCUGCGCUCAGCAUCGAUGUGGAUCAACGAUGGCUCAGCACAAAGCAACUCUGUCCAUGGUCAUGUGUAGACAUCAUGAGAAUGUUUUAAUCCUCUAAAGGGCAGUCUGCAAAGGGUAAUUUUUACCACACACAGUGAGCCCUGCCUGUGCUGUGUUUGGGUUAUUGCUCUGUUGCAUUUUGUUUUCUAAUAAAACACUUUUACAAACAA